AUGACUCCUUUGCCCAUUGGUGUUGGUAGAAAUGAACCUUUUCCAAUAAUCACCAAAGGACGAGCUGCAUUAGCCAGUAGCUCAGCAGCCUCAUCAACAAGACUUGGAUCCGGAAAAGCAAUGGGUGGAUCCGGACAUCUUAAAACUUCAACAAUUUUAUUUUCUUCGACCUGUUCCUUGAGCAAAGUCGCCGGCAAAUCAAGGAACGCGACUCCAGGUCUCCCAUACGUCGACAACCUGACAGCUUUUUCAACAUGCUGUGGAAUAAGUCCCGCUGACGGAGGUCUGGCUGCAUAUUUACAGUACGGUCUGGAAGCUUCUACCUGCGGGUAUUCUUGGAAUCCACCAAUUCCUUCGUGGUCUUCUGGACAUGAUCCUGCUAGAACAAUCAACGGCCUUUUACCCAAGAAAAGUUUAUGUUGUAGAGUUAAUUGA